GGCGGAGGCACUCCUGGCUACACCAGGCACAGGUGUGAUGGGCCCCCCUAAGCUCCUGCUCCUGCCCACCUGCCCUGAGUUCAGCACUCACGUCAUACCCAAUGGUAAUCAUUGCCUCCUAUUUCAUUUGCCCAACUAAGCAAACAACUAUGGUCAUACACAACAUAUACAGUGUAAAUGGUGGGUCAUUUCAGAGGGAAAGCAAUAGAGGGAGGGAUCAGGAAAGGUCUCCUGAAGGUGAGGAUUUCUGAAUGCCUGAAGCAGAAACCUCCGAAUGACUGAGGGCAAUUGAGUAAAUUACGUGAUCUUCCCCUCUUCCCCCGGCACUCACCGGCCAUUGUGGUACAAUGGGAAGGGUACUGGAUUUUUUUUUUUUAAGAAGGUCGGUGCUAGCUGCUAGGGGGAUCCACACAGAUCUCUUGGGAGAGGUCGCUUUUGAGCUUAGCUUUCAAGGAAACUUGGACUCCUCUCUUACCACGCUGUCUUGAUAACACGUUCAGAAGCCCAGUGUUUAAUUGUUGUCCCAGACACUUACCUGUGUGACCAUGGGCAACCCAUUUAGCCUUUAUACCUCAAUUUCCUCAUCUAUAAAAUGAGAGUAGCAGAAUGUAAAGUCCCGUCUUCUACAAUCCUCUGAAUUCUAGUACUUUCCCUGUGUUACCUCCUAUUUAUCCUAUACUAUAUAUAUGUUUGUACAGUUUAUUUGCACGUUGCCUCCCCAAGCAGAUUGUGAUAUCCUCAAGAGCAGGGACUAUCUUUUCCUUUUUUCCGUAUCAUCAGCGUUUAGCACAAUGACUGGUGCAUAGCAGGGGCUUAACGUUGUCAGUACCGCAGAAAACUGUGUUCUUGAACUGACAGUUUUGUGAGUGGGAGCUGCCUACGCCUACACCAGCUGUGAGCAAUGGGUCAGAUUAACCUUUUAAAAGUAUUCUAGUAGAUUGGAAACUCCCUUAGGGCAAGGAACGUGAUUUUUAAGAAAAAAUAAUCUUUGUACUAAGAAGAUAGCAGAGUACACAUAUAUCGUUCGUGAAGUUCCUUAAGUCCAUCUAUCUCCUCUCCAGGUCUCCCUACCCAACAGGGUAAUGAACAUAAGUUGCUCAGUCAGCCGCUUAAAAGGCUGCAGCGUUUCCCCUGGGAGGUACCAUCAUUGAAGUGAUGGGGGGGAAGAUGCUGUGAUUAGGAUAACUUCCCUACGACCUCUGUCUACACAUCUGCCUCUGCAACUGGGGAGACAGAAUGAUACUGAAGAGCUGUUUAAUCUCUUUCCCCCAAGCUGGGCCAGAGGGGGAGACUGUCAUCGUCAGCCCUCCCCAGCUUAACACCCACCCCCUUGGUUUUUCAGUGGGCUCAUUCCAACCUCUCAUCUCUCCCACUGGGAGCGGGAAAAGUCCAGUAGUACGCAGGCGCUGCAGGGGCUCGCGCCUCUUUCCCUCCUUUUGUUCAGAGCCUGGGCGCCAUUGGCCGCUUUCUUGUUGCCGAGACCUCAGACCGCGGCGUCCAGGCAUGGCUGUCCGGAUGUUCUGCAACCGCUGCUUCCAGCCCCCCGGCAAGUCCUCCUCGCAGUUUAGCCUGACGAGCUGCGGCCACGUGUUCUGCCACCUCUGCCUCCAGCAAGGUAAAAAGGAAGAAUGUUUGAUUUGUGGCACUCCUUGCCGCAUAAUUUUACUUUCAAAACAAACUGAUUUUAAUAUUCAGGCAUUCUUUAUGGGAAUAGAUGGAUUAUGCAAGAGAUAUUCAAAAGAAACAUCACAGAUUUCAGAAUUUCAAGAAAAACACAGGAGGAGGCUGUUAGCAUUCUAUAGAGAAAAGAUUUCAAAAUUAGAAGAAUCUCUUAAAACAUUAACACAGCAGAUACAGCAGAUUCAAAGUAAGGGGUCAUCUCAACAAACCGUGCAGUUAUCUGUUUCUAAGCCAGUAAAACACUCAGUUUCAGCUCCUUCAGCAAAACCAGUUGGGUAUUCAUCAUAUUCAUUCUUGCCAGCUUACUCAUCAACCUCCAAAAUAGUGGAGUCAAUGGACAUUGAUCUUUCACCUUCUCCAAUGAGAAAACUUGAGACAGCAGCAGGCCCUGCAAGGCUCUCACUGAUCAGUCCACCUCAAGAUGGACGAAUGGGAAUUGUUUCUCACAGAGGGCCCCAGCUAAUUGGACUUUCCUCAAGCCAGAAUAGCGUAUCAAGGACUCCACCAUCACAGAUUCCUUAUAAUGGACCUUCACAUGUUCUGUCAUCUUCCUUGCAAAGUAGAAUAGGCAUGUGGGAUACUUCUGGCUUCAGAGUUCCUCAGUUUACACCUCCUCCAUCUCAGUCUUCAGUGCCAAGACAGCCAAUUAGCAUAUCUAAUCUUCUGCAGAGGCAAUGUUUAGGAUCUACUCUUCUUGGAGGAAACACACUAGGAAGAUGAUUGUGGUUUUUGUGAUGAUUGCUUUCCUUUAAUUUUUGAGUGGAUUCCUCUAUCAACAUUUGUCUAUUAGCCAUU